AUGGCGAAUACUGAUGUUAAUAUUCAGAGAUAUAUUCUUAUUUUUGAUGAUUUAUAUGAAAAAAUACAAAAAUUAGAAGAUAAUGAAAAAAAUGAUAUAAUAUUAAAAGCUUUAUCAACCAUCAACGACAUACCUAAUGUAAUGUUAUUGAAUUUAGUUGAUCAUAAACUAUUUAUAGAAAUAAGAUCAAAAGUAAUCGAUCUACUUGAUAGAUGGUGUAUGAAUGGAUUAAAUGAACAUGAGGCCGAUAUUUUGGAUUCGAUAAUUGAAGAAUUAACAUUGGAAUAUCGUUCCUGGAAACGUGAUAUACGGAAUGAAGACAUAUAUAAUAAAUUAUUAUUUUAUUCUCCACUAUUAAACGUAAUAAAAAUAAAUUUUGAUAAUAUAUCAUUGAAAUCAUCAAAUGAUCAAGUUUUAGAUAUUUUUAACACAUUGGUACAUAGAUUAAUAUAUUUAUCAGAUGUUUUUGAUGAUGACAAAAGCAAUAUGCUUAAACCAAUAUUCGAUUCCAUAAUAAAACUUGUAACGAAGAGUGAUAGUAGUGAAAAAGAUAAUUUUAUAUUAACAUAUUACAUACGUUUUAUCACAUUUGAUGGUUAUCUUGAAAAAUCAAUCAUAGAUCAUGACGUUAUUGAUGCUAUUAUACAAGUGCCUACGGAAAUAUUAAGAAGUGCAUGUCUUAAUGAACAUAAAUUAUUUUCGAAAAUCAUAUCAAUAUUAACAGAUUUAUUCGAUAAAUGGUUAACUUUAAGUGAACAUGAUAAAUUAAUGUGUUCAAAAAUAAUCAAUAUAUUCCAAAGAACAUAUUAUGGAUGUCUAUCUGGUGGUUUAAACAUGAUAUUAAAUCGUUCAACAUUAAUAGAUACAAUAAAAAUAUGUUUAGAAAAUAGUUUAAAAAUAAAAACGUAUGAUAAUCAAUAUUAUUCAAAUUUGACGAAAUUAAUAACUAAAUUAACAGUGACAGAUGGUAGAGAACGUGAUUGUUUAGAAACUAUAUUAAAACCAGUUGAUCAAUUGUUAUUAGCACAUAUUACUUCAAUUAAUUAUAAAAAUUCAUUUGAACAUAUUCAAAAUGAUUCAAAUAUAUACAAUGAUAAAGAUGAAUUUUUUUUAUUUACUUGUGUAAACUAUAUUUUGAGUGCAAAAGAAGAUAUCCAUAAUGAAUUAUUUGAUAGAAUGUCAAAAUAUUAUGAAUAUAUGUUAAAAGAAUUAAUAUUUAUAUCAAAUGAAUUUGAAAAUAAAUCAAUUAGAAGUUCAUUCAUGUAUAUUAUUCUAAUUUUAAAAAGAUUAUAUACAACAAAACAAUUCUUAAAUGCCCUUGAUGAUUUGAUUUUAUUAUUCAAUAAGAUGCCUGAUGGUUUUCUAUUAGAAGAUAAUAGCGAAGAAAACCAGAAUUAUGAGAUUGGACUUAGUUGGCAGUAUGACUUUCCAAAAAAUUUGGAUUCAUUAAAUGAAACAAGUAUACCAGCGAGAUUUAUUUAUAGUAUAUUAUCCAAGAUAUAUGCUUGUGUACGUGAUUCGAAUAUCAUUUCAGUUAUAAAAGAUAAACAUAUAGCAGAAACAAUAUUAAGAUUAACAACGGUUAAUUCUCAAUCAAUACAACGUCUUGCUUAUAAUAUAUUAGCAUUAGUGAUGAGUGAAAAUGAUGUUAGAAAAUUGGCUCAACCUGAUAAAAUAACAUCAGUUUUUAUUGAAUUUUUAAAAGAGACACAUGAAAAACAAUCUUAUUUAUAUGAUGAUUAUCGUACACAAUUAAUUGAUACACUGAAAGCUUUUUUACAACAUGAUCAAAUAAAAGAAGAAUUUAUUAAACAAGAUGGUUUAUCACUUAUUAUGAAAUUUUUAUAUAAUCAGGAUGAAUAUGGUCGUUCGUAUUCAGAAACAAAUAAAUCAGAUGCGUUAGAAUUAAUAUGCAUAUUAGCAUUUGAUGACCACGUGGCACAAAUUCUUAAACAAAAUCAAUUAUUUAUGACAACUGUAAAAUCAAUUUUAACAAUAGAAAGUGAUAAAUGUGAAUAUGAUCAAGAAAUGGCAGAAAGAAAUGUUGAACGUAUAAAAAAAGCUGCAAAUAGUGUUUUAUGGGUAUUAGAAAAUGAAGAGAAAACAUUGAAUAAUAAUAAUAAUAAUGAGCAACGAAAUAAUGAUGCAUAUGAUUUAAUGAUUAGUUAUUCAUGGAAUGAUAUGGAUUUAGCACAUCAAAUUUCUGAUUAUUUAACAGUAAACAAACAUUAUAAUGUUUGGAUAGAUCGAGAUAAAAUGCACGGUUCUAUAAUUGAUUCUAUGGCAUCAGCUAUAGAAAGUUCCAAUACUAUAUUAAUGUGUAUGUCUGAAACAUAUAAACGUAGUGAAAAUUGUAAAGCAGAAGCGGAGUAUGCACGUAAACGUAAAAGAUGUAUUAUACCAUUAAUGAUGAGAGAAAAAUAUGAUCCAGAUGGAUGGUUAGGUUUCAUAUGUGGACAAAAAUUAUAUAUCGAUUUUACACAAUCUGAAUUCGAAACAGCUAUGAGUAAAUUAACAGCAGAAAUAGAAAAAAAUCGUCAAAAUAAACAACAACAACAACAACAACAACAACAGUUAUCUUCAUCAACAACGCCAAUUUCAAUUCAACAUGAAACAGAACCAAAAACAACACCAUCAAAGGUGAUUGUACAAGAAGAAACAAAAUUGACAACACAACAGUAUGUAUAA